UUAAAGUAUUAGUUGCAAAAUUGGGUCUUAUUCGAUGGAGAGAUACACUACACUGGUUCGCGAUUCAACGGGUGAGGGAAGGUCGAUUGAUGGCACACGCAACAGUAACUUCCCAACUGGAACCAAAUUCUUUGGCCAAAUGAAUGAGCUGGGUAUGCAGGAUUAUGGUACCUACACGUAUCCAGAUGGCUCACGCUACGUGGGCUAUUUUCGGAACAAUCACUUUCACGGAAGUGGCUCCAUCCAACUGCCUGCUCCGCUGGGUGUCAGCUUCCAGGUGACUCACCAUGACGGCAAGCUUUUGAAGAUCGACGAAAUGGUCUUUGACGAUCAGUUGAAGGUUGAUUUUGCUCGAAUGAAAGAUGGCUCCGUUAGCUUCCACCCCUGGAAGUACUGCUCGUCGGAGGAUCGUCGCUUCUUUACAGAGACGAGAUCUCCGCUGGCCGCUGUAGGUCCAUACAAAUAUCAGACCCAAGACGGACCCUCUCCGCCGGAUCUGCCGCUAAAUGUCUUUGACCUGGGCUUCGGCCGGCUGCACCCGCAGGGCUACCUCAUGGACCUGAAGCACGGCUCCCCGAGCAUCUAUGUGGGCUGUCGCAAGGUGCGUCACUGGAUCAUGGAGAACUGUCGUCACGGCAAGCUGACCAAGUACCAUCUCAGAAGCGCGGUUAAGGCAAAGUUUGACCGUCAGAUUAUGAAAAACAAUCUGGAGGUCAACCAAAUCUGUCAGAAAACGUCUGGCGGCGUGCCCCCAAUACCUAUCCCUGGCGUAUGUCAUCGUUCCAAGAGCCAGCAGAGCUCCGAAUCGGCCAAGGAGACGCGCCUACAUGCGGCCAGCACUUCGGACAGCUGCAGCUCUAAGAUCGAUCGUACCGUGAAGAAGGAGCCCCGUCGCAAGUGCAGGAAGACUCCGACGAAGGGCAGACGCGAGAAAAGAAGCGACACGAGCGAAACACACGCGUGCCGCAUCAACUAAAGUUGCAUCAUCAUGGGAUUAGUUUUCAUUCGGUUCUGCUUAAAUAUAUAUACAUAUGUA